AUGGACGUCCGUAUUGGCCGCAAGGCCAAGCAACAUCCUGGUCAGGUCGUGGUUGCCUUGAUUGACUCAGAUAUUCUCGUUCAUGGGAUGAAGGUGCUCCUCAGAAAGGGCCUCCGUAACCGCACCUCUACAUCAUAUGAGAUGGAAGACGUGACUCAGAAGCUGAGUGUCAGCGAGGCCCAAUGGAUUGUAGCCGCCGUCGUUACGAACAACGACUACACGAGCCAUGUGACAGGCCGGUCAUUCGCAAAGAGCCUCGCCAUGCUCGAGUCGUCCAAGCAGAUUCUCUUCGAUAAGGCUGAGAUCUCGGAAGAAGAUAAGGCUUCCGGCAAGAUCGGCGAGACGGAUGCGGAUAGGAUUGAGGCCGUGACCAGUGAGGUAGCCAUGAUCAUUGAGGAAGUCAUGGGAUUUGAUCAGGUCCGGGAGCCUGGCAACGUUCAACUAUAUCAGCGAGACCAUGGCAGAGCAUCCAUCAUUCCAUUCAAACUCAAAUCCGUCACGACAAAUUCCAGUAUACUCCACAGGAGGAUCAGAAAUUUUUCGACGCUCGUAAAAGGGAUGCACCACCAGGACCACAGACUUGGGGACAGCGGCGGCAGCUUUGGCUCAGCAUCAACGACACUCAAAUAUUCCAAGACAAUGCUCGGGAAUAAUAACUCCGUGAUCCAAAGAGUGAAGGGGCACCUCGAUCAGCUCGACGUACUUACGAUCCAGCCUUCGUCCACACCAGAGAGCAAAAAGGCCAAGGACGAUGUCGAGGCAGCAUUAAAGGAGAGUAUCCUGGUCAUGGAUAGCAUCACUCGGGCUGAGAAGCACAUGCUCGCUGGUACUCUGCAAACCGAUAGGCAUCAGCUCAAGUUCCACGCUUAUAGCCUGAUUUAG